AUGCUUGAGGGCCUACUACGAAACGAGAGACACGUAACUACUGGGAGUUACUCUAUUGCUGGCUCGAACAUUUGUAGGUACUCUUAUCCUAGUUGGAUGCAUCCAGACAAUCUUGCAGAUGAGAAGGGACGUAGGCCUGAUCAUCCUGACUAUGAUCAGUCUACUAUGAAAGUCCCCGAUCUCAGAGAGGGUCACUGCACGCCCAUGCUGCUGCAGUAUUGGGAAGUGAAAGCGAAACACUUCGACGAGAUCACGUUGUUCAAAGUCGGCAAGUUCUACGAGAUUUUCUACUAUGAUGCAGUGUUCGCUCAAGCUGCAUGCAACCUGCGAUGGAUGGGCAACAACAAGAAGCCUCAUGUGGGCUUUCCGGAGGUGUCGUUGUACGAGUAUAGCAGUGUCUUGGUCAAUGCUGGCUUUCGUACAGUGGUGGUAGAGCAGGUUGAAAGGGUUGGGGAGAUGAACAAGGGACAGGGGAGGAAGAGUGAUGCUGUUGUGAAGCGAGAGGCUUGCCAGGCCCACACAGCGGGCACGCUGACGCACGAGGUGAUGCUCAAGAACUCACCGUCCCCUGCUCAGCCCAACUAUCUCAUGGCCCUGUGGUUCAGUGAUGGAUGCACUCAUCCUGGCGCUCUCGGGGACCGUCUGUCCUUCGGCUGCUGUGUAGUAGACUGUACCACAUCUACAUUCAAGUAUGGCUGGUUUGAGGACAAGCCAGACCGACAACUACUACGGACUAUUCUAAUAACGCUGCAACCAAGGGAGCUGCUGGCUGAUAAGAAAUCGAUACCCACAGCGGUCCAUCGCCUACUCCAGGGCCUGGCGGUCCCGCCGACUGUCACACAGUGGCAUCAUUGGGAUCCCAAUACGGAGCACGGAAGACAGGACGAGAGCGACGAGCCUCUACCUGUACAGAAGGCGUGCGGAGCUGUUCUAGCCUAUCUACGUCAAACAAUGCUCUACGAAGCGGUAACAUCCUUCGCAACAUGGGAAAAGUUGGACACGUCGAAUGCGGGUAGCUCAGGCUUGGUCCUCGACGCGAACGCCUUGGAGCAGUUGGAAGUACUGCGAAAUACGGAUGGUAAACUAGAAGGCUCUUUACUCAACCAACUAGAUCAUACGGUGACUCCAUUCGGCAAGCGCCUGUUGCGACAGUGGGUGUGUUGCCCGUUGAGAGCAAAGACUGAUACUGACAGAAGACUCGAUGUGGUGGAUUGGCUCCUAGAAAGGACUGAACUAGUCGCGGACCUUCGUUCGAGGAUGAGGAAGUUACCGGACAUCGAAAGGAGGCAAAACAGAGUAUUUGCUCUAGGCCUGCAGCUCGAGAGGAAAGCUGUUCUCUAUGGCGAAGUGGAGUCCUCACGUAUUGCCCAGUUCAUGGAACUGUUGGCAGCUCUGAAGGAGGCGGAUAGAUGCCUCGCUAUGAAGUUUUCGUGGCAACAGGUUCGCGAAGGUGAUGGAGCGCUGCCAGCACUGCUAGAUGAGCUGAUACCGAUGGAGGAGCUCGGCUAUGUGGAUGGCAUCUUGGAAGAACUGGGCAGCAGAGUGCAGGGAAGUGAAUCAGACGGAUACUCUGCAGCACCAGGAUGCUGCCCAGCCUACGACGAGGCCCAGUCUAAGAUAGCCAGCAUUAAGUCAGACCUCCAAGAGGAACUGAAGACCGUCUGCCAUGAGCAUCUAAAAGGAUGCAAACCGCAAGAGGCGAAAUUCGUCAGCGUGAAAUACAGGUAUGAAAUUGAAGUUCCUGAGCGGUGUGCCCCUCGAGAUUUAGAAGCGCAUGGACUGGAAGUGUCCAGCACGAGAAAGGGCUUCGUCAGGCUUUUGACGCAAGAGAUACGUAACAUGACGGAGGAGCUGGAUGCGACAGAGGAGCGGAUGAAGGACUGCCUCUACCCCUUCAUGGCACAACUCUUUAAGGACUUCCACAAGCAUACCAUUCGGCUACAGGAUAUGGUUCAAAGGCUGGCUACUCUGGAUUGUCUUCUUUCCUUAUCGGAGGCGUCCCGGCCUGGAGCUGGCUCGAUGUGCCGGCCGCAGAUCCUGGAUCCGACAGAGUUCACUGCUCCAGUCUUUGAUUUGGUCGAUGGACGGCAUCCGGUACAGGAGGCUGCCUUAGCACGAUCAGGGAGGGAAUUUGUACCCAACUCUGUGGAGAUGGGUAUCAAUGGCAGUCCGACGACGCUGCUGGUCACAGGCCCCAACAUGGGCGGCAAAAGUACGGUACUCCGUCUAAGUGCUACUGCUGUUAUUAUAGCCCAGCUUGGGUGCAGAGUACCAGCAUCAUCGUUUAAAUUAACACCAGUGGAUCGAAUUUUCACCAGAAUUGGCGCCAGAGACUCCAUCCUAGAGAACAAGAGUACUUUCCUCAUCGAACUCGAAGAGACCGGAGCCGUGUUGCAGCAUGCCACCAAGCAUUCCCUAGCAGUCAUUGAUGAACUUGGCCGCGGGACUUCAACUUUCGACGGUGCUGCUAUCGCUCACGCUGUGCUCGAGAGGAUAUCGGAGAGUAUUGGCUGCCGUACUCUUUUCGCCACACACUAUCAUCAAUUAGCCGAAGAUGAAGGUCUACACAACACGGCACUGUACCAUCAAGCAUGUCUCGUUAACCCAGCUACUCGCGAGGUGACCUUCCUCUACAAAUUCACUAAGGGACGAUGCCCUCAGAGCCACGCUAUGCAUGUUGCUAAGAUUGCUGGCCUACCGGAGGUAAUCGUGGAGGCAGCGAGGGAGAUGUCGACAGUUUUCCACUCUGCUGUGGAGUACCCGGAUGUCCCAUAUGAUGACGAAGCUUUGGGAGAAUUCUACGACUCUGUUAAGCACGUUGCAGCUCAUUGA